UCAGUUUCAUUUUAACGUUACAUUAAAGAAAUACUAAUAUUUACUUUCAAAACGUAAAGCUGAAAUGACUGAACCAGAUUUUGUGAUAAGUCAGUGAAAGAUAAUUUCAGAAGUUCACAUUUAUAGAAUUGAACAGAAUUUUGUAUGCAAAAUAAUAAAAUAUAAUCCUUAGAAAUAAGGGCUAAAGUCGAAGUGCGAAUGCUAUAAAAAGUGUGAAAGAAAUCAUAAAACUCCAAUAAUACUGUUGGCGUUGGAUCCCUUAAUAGUUGAAGAAAAUUCAUAGACAGGGUUAUCCACAAAGGAUGAGACUUAGGAAUAGACUGGGGGGAAUUUGUUCAUAUUUAUUCUUAAUUUCUCGUUCCCGUGCAGUUGCAAUUAUAUUGCAUAAGUAUUUCUUUUCUAAAUCAGUUUAUAAACCAUCUAAAUACUAUAUUCAAUGCAAAAUACAAGGCUACAACCUUCAACUCGAUAUAUAACAUGUAUUGGUCGUCCAUAAAGUAUAAUCUUUCGUGGGUACAAUUCACAUUUCGUUUACAGAGCGUUCCAUAUCAUAUUUGAUUAUAUCCAAGCUUUAACGUCAAUUAUGCGCACAUAUUACUCGAACAACCUUAUAUGUUUUUUAAAUGAUUAAUUCUUCUAAAAUUUUCUGAUUAGUCUCGAAAAUUAUAAUUUAAAGGCAUUAACGAUCCAAUAUAACCUGUGGGACACCCUGUAUUUUAUGACAAACAGAAUACAACUUUAUAUUUAUAGAUAUAUUUAAUUAACCGCCCUUUGAACAACAUUACCCACCAAAGAUUCCAUCAGCAUAGAAAUGUUAAGGUUACUUAACGUUUUUUGGGACAAUUAAGAAAAAUAACGAUCCGCUGGCCAAUCGGCGAAGUUUUUAUGAAUAAAAAAUCGCGCAAUAAAAUGGUCUAAAAUGACUUUUUUCAGAAAAUAUAAAUUUCCGAAGACCAAUUUUACCUGCAGAACAUCCCUCGCUACGAUCUGAAUAUUUUGUCGGCAUAAUUGGUCUUUUGAGCCCUUGUUUCCACACCUUCCAGUAACUUCACAUGUAUUCAAAGUUGAACAACUACAUUCACAGAUAAGAAGAAAACCAGGAUGCAUAUCACAAGGUGUCUGAGGACUAAUCCUGGAUACAUUUAUGGAACUUUCAAGUCCUCUAAGGGAGGAAGAUUACAAAAUAAUUCUAUUCCACAGGGUUUGACUGUUAAAACGUUGAAACGGCAUUAUGAACUGCAACCAUUGUUUGGUAUUCUAGCUGGAGCUAUGGUGUUGGUUGCUAGCUACGCGAUCAGAGCUGCAGUAUAUGCUACGGAUGUAAACUGGAGGAAAAGUAAGACUCCCUGGGACACCUACGGAUACUACGACGGGAAGCAGUACAAGUUCCUCAAUCCCUCGGGGAUAGAUUACAAGGAGUACGGCAAGGAGCGCCCAAGAUUUUGAUUUUUAAUAAGUGUGUUGUGUAAAUUAUUUAUUAAAAUGUUGAAUUUAUUAUAAAGUAAAUUAUUU